GUCGGCGCGGGCCGUGAGGCAGCGGCGAUGUGGGCGCGGGAGCUGGCGGUGUCGGCGCCGGGGAAGGUGAUCCUGCACGGGGAGCACGCCGUGGUGCUGGGCAAGGUGGCCCUGGCCGUGGCGCUGGACCUGCGGACGUUUCUCCGCCUGCGGCCCGGCGCUGAGGGGCGGCUGAGCGUCUCCCUGCCCGGUGUUGGCGUCCGGAGGAGCUGGGACACCCCCGGCCUCCGGGCCCUGCGGGGACGGAUCGCAGCUGAUGUUGAUGAGUCCAAGUCCCCCAGUGUAGAACAGCUGGAUGCACUGAGGGAGUUUGCUGGAAUUGCUGCUGAGGCCUCAGCUCCAGAAAGUCUUGCUACUCUUGCCUUCCUGUAUAUGUGCCUGGCUAUUUCUGCUAAGUAUGGAGAUGUUCCCAGCGUGGAUAUCGUGGUGUGGUCGGAGCUGCCCACGGGAGCAGGGCUGGGAUCCAGUGCUGCCUAUGCUGUGUGCCUGGCUGCAGCCCUGCUCAUGGUGUGUGGAGCCAUCUCCUGCCCACUGCAGGAGGGAGAAUCCACAGCCAGGUGGACAGAAGAAGAGCUGACACUGAUUAACAGCUGGGCCUUCCAAGGGGAGCGGGUGAUCCAUGGCAAUCCAUCGGGUGUGGACAAUGCUGUUGGCACCUGGGGUGGAGCCCUGAGAUACCAAGCAGGAAAAAUCACACCAUUAAAGAGGGUGCCCACACUGAGGAUCUUGCUGACCAACACAAAAGUCCCUCGGAGCACCAAGAUCCUGGUGGCUGGUGUAAAGGAGAAGAUCCUGAAGUUCCCUGCCAUAAUGAACCCGGUGCUGGACUCCAUCGAUGCCAUUUCUCAGGAGUGCCAAAGUGUUCUGGAAGCGAUGCCUGCAAAUCCAUCACCAGAGCAUUACCCUGUGCUGGAGGAAUUCUUUGACAUAAACCAGCACCACUUAAAUGUGCUUGGAGUGGGCCACCCCUCCCUGGACAGGCUGUGCCAGGUGACAGCAUCCCACAGCCUGCACAGCAAACUGACCGGGGCUGGUGGGGGUGGCUGUGGCAUCACCCUGCUGCCACCAGACACCUCCCCGCUGGCCGUGGAAGCAGCCAAGCAAGACUUGUGUGCCUGUGGAUUUGAAUGCUGGGAGACCAAGAUUGGGGCCCCGGGGGUGACCCUGCACUCCUGCUCCUCUCUGAGUGCCCAAGUGCUGCACGCGCUCGCCCAGAGCUGAGCUGCUGCCUCUGGCAGGCCUGAGCUCUUGGCACCACGUCCUCGGAGCUUUGUGUGCCCAGAUGCCUGGAAACUUCUUUCCCCUCUCCUGUGUGGCUGAGGGUCUCCAGACGUGGGCAUGGAGCCAGUUUGGGGCCUGGUGUCACUGGGAUUUGGGGCUGCAAUGGGGACCUGGGAGCACCCACCCGGUGGUGUUUGACCAAGGCUCUCGAAAAUCCUGGUUUGAAUUUCCUUCCUCAACUGCUGUGCUGAUCCCAAGGGGCAGGAGAAGAGGGGCUUGGCUGGAUUCCAGGGUGGAUAACGACACUUUGCUGCUUCAGAUGCAUGUGGUGUCUCUUCCCUCAUCCCUGCUGUCCUGUGGGAGCUGGCAAGGUGGAUGUGCACGGUGCUUUGAUGUUUUUGGGUGAAGAGCAUCUUUGGCAGCUCAGGGCUUGAUGCUCAGGUCUCUGUUUCUUCUGGACUACAUUCCUAGUGAAGAGCAAACCUUUAAUAGAACUCUUCCCUGCUAUUAAUUAAGUGUUGGGUAAUUAAGAUGCAAGAUAAAUCGCAAUUUUAGUGAAAUUACAGAUUUUCACUCCUUUCCAUAAUCUCUGCCUGGGCUGAUAAGCGGAGUCCUGUAGUCAGGCUCUGGUUUUUAUUCACAUGUUCAAGGUCUGAUUCAAACAGCACCUUCAUGGAGGGCAGCUCCAGGCCAAGGGCAGGCUUAAAAUUCCUCCUUGUAAAAGCUUUUCUCUCACACUUCAGUCUUGAAUCAGCAUGGCCCUGACCCUGCCUGGUGUUGGGUUUACUUUGGUGUAAUUAAGUAGGGGAAAGAAACCCAAACCACGUCCUCAAAAGCUCACCAUAAGUUGCAGUUGACAAACUCUAAAACCUAAAUGCAUUUAGACUUAUUACAGAAAUGUAAAUGCAUUUUUUACUCCUGAAAUUUUAAUGAGCUGUGCCACAGAAUGAAGGGGAAGUGGCUGAGGCCAGAAUCUCUGGGAGUCAUGAGCUGACUCUGAGGGACUGUGGUCUCUGCUGUACCUGCCAAGGGGGUUUUAUCAUCACUCUGUUUGUCUGGGGUGGGUUUUUAAGUGGGUUUUUAAGUGUAGCUGUGUUCAAGAAUCACUUCACUCAAAGCUGAGUAAUGAAUUGGCAGAGGUGGGGAAUUUGCCUUCCCCUUCCAGCCCAGGGAUAAAAAAAAUCAAGUGUGAGAAGCUGAGAUGUUCUAGCUCUAAACUCCCAGCAUCAUGGUGACCAGCUUUAGUUCCCUGAUCCCAUGUAAAACUGUCUCUGGUUUUAAUAAAUCCAUGGGUUUUUUAUGUGCAAAGUGUUCUUUGAUAAUUAUUCUGGAUACAAAAGGAAAAAAGCACUUUACACUGCUUCAGGAAAGCAGGUCUCAGAUGCUGCCUUUCUACAUGUCUAAUUACAAUUCCAAUUUGCAUCUGAGAGCUGCUUUACACUAAUCACAAGUCAGAAAGGCUGAUAAAUAAUUUACCAUUUUCUAAUACAGUGUAAUCAAUGUGAGGAUCUGGGAGCGUGUUGACUUUAACCACUUACAUGUGUCGACUUUGUGAUGUUGGCACAAAGAGAUGCCAGAUCCAGCACAGGGAACUUUCCUUCAAAACAGCAUGUCUGGGGCUGAGCCUUGUUGGCUCUGAGGGCUGGGGACUAGAACUGAGGGGAAAUUCACAGAAUCCCAGGAUCAUUCAGCUUGGGAAAGCUUUCUGAGGUCAUCAAGUCCAACCUAUGACCAAUCCCCACUUUCCCACCCAGCCCAGAGCACUGAGUGUCACAUCCAGGCGUUCCUUGGACACCUACAGGGAUGGGGACUCCAAACAUCCCUGGGCAGCCCCUGCCAAGGCCUGACCAGGCUUUCCAUGAGGAAAUUCCUCCUGAUGUCCAGCCUGAGUGCUCAUCGUGCUCUGCUCUGUGGCAGAGUGGAAGUGGUGACAUUCCGGGGCAGGGAGGGUGGUGGCAGUGUCGUGGCAGGAGGGUGACCCGUACUGGGGUCUGUGGGAGGGGUCCAGGGUGACACAGGCACUGCUGGGAUCUGCCUUCCCUGUGCCACAGGGACCAGAUCUGCCGAAGUCAGCAGCUGGAGCCAGUCCCAGUCUGGAGUGAGCACAGAUUUCACAUCCAUCUGUGAGCAGGGGAGUGCCCAUUCCGUCCUUUCCAAACUCCUCCUUCACCAGCUCCAUCAAACACUCCGCAGGGGCAUUGCUACACCCAGCGGGAUAGCCCGAGGGGUGGCUGGAAUGUUCCUGACCCCACCUUCCACACGGGAAUCACCCCUGUACUCACACCGAGUUCACCGUGACUCCUGAGCCCUGGGGCACACGGAAACCAUCCCUGCCCCUCCUCGGCCCGGGGCCGCAGGAGCAGCUGCUGCCGUGGGACUGCUGCCCCACGGGACACGGAGCGGGGCAGAAGGAGGCACAGCUCUGUCUCUCUUGUGUUUUGCUGCUUUGGAAGCAAAACUGAAGCCUGUGGAGCAUGUUCUCCCCAGGGAUCAGCCCCUCCUCUCCCAGGCACCCCGCGGGACGGAUGUGCAGCAGGGCAGCGAUUGCUGCUGAAGGAUUAGCCUGGUAAUUUGGCUAAUUUUUCUUGAGCUUCAUUUUUCACAUUACGAGCUCUGCAGCAAGACUAACGAGCCUGGCUUUGCCUCUAAUAGCCAGCACAGGGACGGGGAGCGGAGGCUGUGCUCCAGCCUGAAGGAGGGAUUGAGGAAUUGCAGAGCAUGGGGGUGCUGUGAGAGCUGGGGGGGCACCGGUGUUUAGUGACAACAAAAAGGGAAACACUUUGAAUAAAAAUACCUUUUAAAUCUUCCUUGUCCUUCACAGCCAGUGCCCGGGGCAGCAUCGCUGCCGGGGUGUCUCCCCCCAUCCCUGGGGAAUGUCUCGGUGCCCCGGAGGGCUCCUGCCCUCCCUCCCCCGGCACAUCCUCCCCUGAGCCGGACCCCGGCGCUCCCCGCCCGGCCCUGGCAGGCACAGAUGGUAUUAUUGUUUGUUUGCACUCGGUGUCAGCAGUGCCUUCUUUCUGCUCCGCUGAGUAGAUGCUGAGGAGGCAGUGACAUUAUUGGAGAUCGCGGAGAGAGCAGGAACAGGGUCAGCGAGAGAGAGGAAAUGUCAGCGCGCAGUCCCGCGGGGCUGGGGGGCCGCUCACACCCCCGGGGCUCCCGCUGCUCCAGGGGUCCCUCCUGGGGACAGGAGGUGACACUGGGACCCCCUGCAGGGCCAGUGCCAUGUCCUCGGACACACUUGGAGGGUUUGGGAGGUGUGGGGGUCCCCCGGGGCGAGCAGGGACAUCCCCCGAGCCAUUUUAAGGGCGAUUUGUGCAUCUGGCACCUCCCUUGUCUCCUCUGCUUCCCAUCCCCAGGGAUUCUGGGGCUCCCCCAUUCCCUGGGCUCAUGGGGAGCCCGUCCCCCCUGUCCCCCCCCAUCCCUCUCCCCUCCCAGCGCGCUGAAGGUUUUGAAAGUUAAGUAUUACCGUCUGCUUUGUUGUUGCCUAACUACGACAGACAAAUUGAGAACUAGUUGUCAAAAUGUCAGUGCACAACAAAUCAACAUUCAAAAUGAGUCUCAGCGCUAUGUGGUGUAUAAUUAAAAAAAAAUCCUUUUUAGAAAUUUCA